AUGCAAGGCGCACGGACUGAUAUUUGUAGUGUCAUCCGGGUUUAUGAUUUCACCAUCACCAGAGGUUGGGCAGCACCAGAUGGAUAUUACAAAGACGUGAUGCUGGUUAACAACCAAUUUCCUGGACCGCUGAUCGAAGCGAACUGGGGCGACACGAUCCAAGUCACCGUACAUAACCAAAUCACGGAUCCUGAGGAAGGGACAGCCCUCCACUGGCACGGUAUUUUGCAGAAAGAGAUGCAAUGGAUGGAUGGUGUGCCGGGAGUUCAACAAUGUCCAAUCGUGCCAGGAGGCAGUUUCACCUACUCAUUUCUUGCGGACCUUUAUGGCACUACUUGGUAUCAUUCCCACUACAGUGGACAGUACGCUGGAGGUGUGGUAGGGCCACUUAUCAUUCAUGGUCCUAGCACGGUUGCAUACGAUACAGACGUUGGACCGAUUAUCUUAAGUGACCACUAUCACCAUGAAUAUUUUGACAUUGUCAAGGAUACUAUGUCAACGGACAUCAACAAAGUCAUCCAACUUUCGGAUAACAAUCUCAUCAACGGAAGGAACAGCUUCGACUGCACUAAGAAGGCUGUUGGCGACACUCGGCAGUGCUUCAGCAACGCUGCUACUUCCAAAUUCAGAUUCUAUCCAGGGAAGGUCCACCGGCUUCGCUUAAUCAAUGCUGGUGCUGAAGCGACAAUGAUGUUCUCAAUAGAUGGCCACACCUUGAAGGUCAUUGCCAACGACUUUGUUCCUAUAAUACCUUACGAUACUAAAGUCGUUACCCUCGGCGUCGGCCAAAGGACAGACAUUCUAGUGACAGGGCUGGCGGGGACACCGACUCCGGUCGUGAUGCGAUCCUAUAUUGCAGCAUGUUCACUAUUCAAUCAACAGGUCGCGAAAGCCAUGGUCUAUUACCGGACUCAGGAUGCAGCUACAGCGAUGCCGAACACAAUUCCAUGGCCAGAAUUUACAACUGCAGUCGCUAAUCAAUGUGGCAAUGACGCCUUGGCUUUAACGAAACCAUGGUACCCUAUCACACCAGCCGCAGUUCCAUCUACAACGCGCAAUGUAGCUAUCAAUUUCGGUCAGAAUGCAUCAGGAAACUGGCUCUGGACAAUGGACGGAUCCUCUUUCCGCGUGAACUACAAUCAGCCCGUCCUCCUCCUUUCCAAAAUGGGCAACAAUUCCUUCCCGAGAAACUGGAAUAGUUACAACUUCGGUUCCAACGCUACGGUCCGCAUCCACAUCCAGAACCCGACCGUUGCAGCGCAUCCCAUGCAUCUUCACGGCCACAAUUUCUGGGUUUUAGCCGAAGGUACCGGAACGUGGGACGGAACCAUCAUCAAUGCUGCAAACCCACAACGCCGCGAUGUGCAGAUGGUACGUGCCGGAGGGUACCUUGUCAUGCAGAUUAAUCAGGAUAAUCCGGGUGCUUGGCCGUUGCAUUGUCACAUCGCUUGGCACGUCUCCGCUGGUCUUUAUAUUACAGUUCUAGAACGUCCUGCUGAUAUUGCUAAUCUUCCAAUUCCAUCUAUCAUGGCGCAGACCUGUAGAGACUGGGCGGCUUAUACAAAUACGACUGUUGUAGAUCAGAUUGAUUCUGGGUUGUGA